UACUGUGGCCAACCAACAGCAACCAGCCAACCAGUGGCAGCAAAAACAGUUCGAGUUCGAGUUUGCCGAUAACAGAAUGUGGAGGAGCCGCGCGCUUGAGUAAAUAAACAAUUAGCCGACGCAAACUUGGAAAAAGUAUUCACGGUGUAUGUGUAUGAAGUUGCAUGUGUAACAUGGUGAAAAAUAAUAAAUAUAUUUGACCAGCGGUGUUUUGAACAGUGUAUAAUGCUUAAGGCCUUAAAUGAAUAUUAUUUGCCAAUUUCUUCAUUGAUAUAAAAAGAGUGUGCGGAAGGCAUUAGUGAUUUUAAAAAUAAAAAAAAAAUAAAAUAUUAUAAGCUGGUGCUAAAAUUAUAAAGUAAAUUCAAAAUAAUACCAGGAGCUACUAUUAUUCUUGUGUAAAUACGUGUAUGUACAUCUGUACAUAAAUAAAUGCUCUUGAUUGCAUUAAAAAUUUAUAAACGAAUUAUUAACGAAUUUACCUUAACAACAAGUAACACUUUAUUUAUCAAAAGCCUCUUUUCGGUUUAGUUUCGGAACUUGACUUUGGCAAAUUGUUUACACAUUCAGCGAAACAGUAUAUAAUAUGCAUAUGCCAUAUAAUUGGCUAAUUGGCCUUCCGAAUGGCAGUACGCAAUGCUAACCACUCGGCUACCGCGGCCGCCGCUCGGCUAUACAAAACAUAAAACUGUAUAAGAUUAAAAUAAAAUAUUGGAAAAAACUGAUGAGCAAGUCCAAUUUUUAACCGUACUAAAAUUCUGUUGACAUAAAUAAUUUCCUUAUAACAAUGGAGCACACAUAACUUAACAUUUAAAAACAAAUAAAAGUGAACAUGAACAUAAUGAAGAAAACAACUCAAGUCAUUGAAAUAUAAAUCAUAAUUGAUAUUCAAAUUAAAUGCGAUUCAAAUCAAAAUACUUCAAUUUAACUUAAUUUGUUGUGAACACAAAACAUUCAAUAUAGAAAGAGUUAAAUAAAAAUUUGAAAAACUUUUUUGACUCGCACAAUUAAAUUAUGAAAUAGUUUCUCGAGGUGUUCGUAAAUGAAUAGUGAAGAAAUAUCUUCGUUCCGAGAGCAACACUUGUACUAUUUGGGAUGUGUCAGUUGUGUGGACAUUAGCGGUCAAGAUCAAAGCGUCACAACAGACGCCGGUCGGCUUUAGCGGUAACAGUGACCUCACCCACAACGCCUCAAACGUCGCCCAGUGAUCAUCUGUCGCGGCGCACGCCACUUCGUAGCCAGUUAACAUCUCAAGCUUACAACAGCCACUUGCCUUUUGGGCAAUCAACAGCGCCACAACAACAACUAUCCACAAAAAUGUAUCAUUCCAGCACCGGCUAUCCAGACCUGACGGGCGGCGCAGCAGGCAAUGGCGGUUAUCAUCAUCAAACCGCCAUGAAUGCUCCCGUCUAUGUACCCUCCAACCGCGCACUUACCCAGAGUCAAUACAAUCAUGUCGCUACACAUUUCGGUACCGCCGCUGCGCAGAAUGCGUGGACCACAGAUAGUUUCGGCACUGCGCAUGCCCAACUGCCAGCACAAUUCUAUACGAUGGGUUCGUGGCGCGCCGCAUAUGAUCCCACCGGCUUUCAGCGCUCCUCCCCCUAUGAGAAUGCGAUAGACUUUCAGUUUGGCGAGGGUCGUGAAUGCGUUAACUGUGGUGCGAUCAGUACGCCAUUAUGGCGGCGCGAUGGUACCGGACAUUAUCUGUGCAAUGCUUGCGGUCUCUAUCAUAAAAUGAACGGCAUGAAUCGGCCGUUAAUCAAGCCGAGCAAGCGAUUGAUUUUAUCCUUGCAGACAGCCACAAGAAGGCUGGGUUUGUGCUGCACCAACUGCGGCACACGCACUACAACGCUUUGGCGUCGCAAUAAUGAGGGCGAGCCGGUGUGCAAUGCCUGCGGCCUGUAUUUUAAGUUGCAUGGCGUCAAUCGACCGUUGGCGAUGCGCAAGGAUGGCAUACAGACACGCAAGCGGAAGCCGAAAAAGUCCACCAGCUCGAGUGAUGUCUCGAAAGAUGGCAAAGAUGACGAUUUAAAACCAUCGCUCGCAUUGGAACGACAUAGCCUACCCUCAUCUGUUGCACUUUCCGCCAAACUGCAAUCGGAUUUGGCACUCAAAAGCAACAGCAAUCAUAACAACACACUUGGAAGCAUGAAUAAUAAUAACUCUUUACAUAAUCUUAGCCUAAACGCCAUCAAUUCAUCGCCCUCCACUGGCUCUUUACACAAUUCGCUCAGCCAUCAUUUGCAUUUGCCGUCUGCAGCAGCACAGCAAUCCCGCCAUUCAACUAUUUCACAUACGCAUGCCCAUGCUCUCUCCUCCACCAACAACACACCCACUGUACACUCAGCCACCACCGCCUCGUCACUCAACUCCAAUAUGUAUUCCCCACAAAACAACGUGAAUAGCGCACAACUUUCCGCCUCCUCAUUCGGCUCGCACGGCAUCUCCAAGUACGAGCAUCUGCUUUCAACCAGUGGCAGUAGUGGUGGCGGUGGGGGUGUUGGAGGUGUUGGCGGCAACAAUAUUGGAAAUCUUAAUAAUUCCUCUACCAACGCUGUUACGCUCUCCAAUGGCAUAUCCAGCAGCACGCCAAGCCCCAACUAUCACCAUUCAGCCUCAGCGGCGGCACAUUUGCAUCACCAUCAUCAUCACCACCACCCCUCCGCGUCGGCAGCGCAUCAUGCGACGUCACAUCACUCAGCAGCUGCGUUGAGCCAACACAGCGGUGGCUCCCAUAUUAGUUCGGGCGAUGGUAGCGUGGGUGUUGGCGGUUAUGGUGUCAAGUCGGAGUCCAACGCCACCAACUAUGAUUAUGUGAGUAACUGUUACUUCAGCAGCUCGUUUCCCCCAUUAAGCGCAUCUACGGCGGCGGCUGCUGCCGGCACUGGCAUGAGCAUGGGCAUGGGUAUGGGAGUGGGCGUAGGUAUGGGUAUGGGUAUGCAUGGUAUGCACGGCUCGUCAGGCGAACUUGCAAGCUACCAUCAUCAUCAACACAAUGUCAUACAGGCGGCCAAACUGAUGGCGACAUCGUAAAUGUGAAUAUCGACUGAUCGGAGUUCCCGGUAGAGCCCCCAAAUUGCUUAAACCUAAAUAUUGAGAUUUUGUAUUUAACCAUUUCGAUGGACAAAAGACUUCUAUAAAACCAAAAUCAACAAAAAUAUCUUCAAUUUAAAUCUCAUAUAAUUAAAGCAUUGUAUAUACUUGCAUACAUACAUACAUACAUACAUACAUAAAUAAGUUCAAUAAGUGGUGCAUGUAAAUAUGUAUGUAUUUUGGAGUUUAAAUAGUUUUAGCAACAUUAAAUAGAGUUAUUUGCAGUUUA